UUCCAUUCGAGUUGUUGUGAGAACCUCAGUCCGGCGCGGACCUUUAAUCUUUUCAUAUUUAAAGUUAAUUAAAAAAUGAGUCGCAUAUUUUUGGUCGUUUUUCUUGCAUUGAAAUACCAAAGUGAAGCUUUUAAUUUUUCGCCUUAUCCGAACCUGGUGAUAAAUUUUCCAAAACAUUUGAAAACCCACUUAAACCAAACGCGAAGCUCCUACUUUGGAUACUCGCUCGUCAUCCGUCCCACCAGCAUCAUAGUCGGAGCUCCCCGGGCUCAAUCCGUCUUGGAGUCGCAGAAGACGAUCAACGAGACGGGGGCGAUAUACAGAUGCUCCCUGUCAAGCGGUUCCUGCACUCCUUAUGUCCUGGAUCCUCGAGGAAAUUUCAAUGCAUCUGACCAAGGAAUCACAUGGGACUCGGACCGUAAGGAUUUCCAGUGGCUAGGUGGAUCGAUGGACGGUGGCACCCGGGAUACGGACAAGCUCCUCGUGUGUGCCCCCCGAUUCUACACUCCCACUCCCAACAAUUACCUCCUGCACGGAGUCUGUUUAUGGGUACCGAACACUGUGGCCGAAUCCCCCGAGAACGUGACCCGCAUUUCUCCAUUCCGCCUAAAAUCUAAGCAGGUGAACAGCGAUACCAAUGCGCAGCGAUACUAUGCGGGCGAGUUGGGGCACAGUGCUCAUGUGGCGGAUGAUAAUAAUAGCUCCAAGUUCCUAAUCGGAGCCCCAGGUGUUCGUAAUUGGAAGGGAUCGGUCAUCUUCUACCAGCAAGACGCCCAGAUCUUCGAGCCCUGGCGUCAAAGGGAUAACACGUACUUUGGCUAUGCCGUUGCCUCCGGAUAUUUUGACAGCGCUAACCCAUCCACCCUGCUCUACGUGGCCUCGGCUCCCAGGGCCAACCAUCUAUCCGGCGAGGCAUAUAUCUUCGAUUUUCGAGGAAGGAUCAUCCGCACGUUGCGAAGGUUGCGGGGUAAGCAGUUUGGCGAGUACUUCGGCUACUCCCUUCUGGCGGAAGAUCUCAAUGGAGAUGGAAAAACGGACUUGAUAGUCUCAGCGCCGCUGCACGCCUUUGAACAUUCCUACGACACUGGUGCCAUCUAUAUGUUUAUCAACAACGGCUUAUUCAACUCAGAGCCUACGAUUGUGCGGCCACCACUGGGCAGCAAGGCCCGGUUCGGAACUACUCUUUCGCGUUUGGGCGAUAUCAAUAAGGAUGGAUAUAAUGACGUGGCCGUUGGAGCUCCCUUUGCCGGGAAUGGAUCGGUGUUCAUAUACUUGGGCAGCGCCCAUGGAUUAAGGGAUAAGCCGAGCCAACGACUGGAUGCUCCUAACGAACAACCUUCCCAGUACGGAGCACACAUGUUCGGUCACGGCCUCUCCCGCGGAUCGGACAUAGAUGGCAAUGGAUUCAACGACUUCGCCAUAGGAGCUCCCAAUGCCGAGGCAUUAUAUCUUUAUCGCGCCUAUCCCGUCGUGAAAGUACAUGCGACAAUAAAGUCGGAAUCUCGAGAGAUAAAAUCGGAGCAGGAAGAGGUCAAGAUAACCGCCUGCUACAGACUGAGCACUUCGGCAGAGGCAAAGGAUGUGGAGCAGCAGCAACUGGACAUCCGGAUAUCGAUCGAAACGCAACUGAAGUGGGUUAAGUUUGCCCGAACGCAGAGCAAUAGGAUGAUCUUGAAGGUGAAUGCAGGUCUCGAAGAGAGCUGCCAGCAUUUCGACAUUAAUGUGCGCUACGGCGGUGAAAUGUAUACGUCCAUUGAUCUGCAGAUGCACUACGAACUGGCCAAGAAGGUUCCCGUUUCUGGGGAGUUCUGUAAAACCUGUGCUGUGGUUGAUCCGGCGGACUCAAAGGUUUCCACGGAGAGGAUAACCAUUAGCACGGACUGUGCCUCCGAUGUUUGUGUCGCUGAUCUCCAGAUAAGGAGCAAGAAUGUGAAGCCCACUUAUGUUUUGGGCAGUGACGCUAGCCUUCAUCUGGACUACGAGAUUACCAACAACGGAGAGACCGCCUACCUGCCCCAAUUCAACGUGUCCAGCACACCCCAAUUGCCCUUCGCUCAGGUUCCUGGAAACUGCAGGGUUUCUAAUGCAGUUAUGGUGUGCGAUCUGAAUCGAGGAGGACCGCUGGCCAAAGGUGACAGCGACUCCGUCACCAUCAGCUUCGAUGUGAGCCAACUCAGUGGAGAGUCGCUGACCAUCGAUGCAGAAGUGUUCAGUGCCGGAAACGAGCGUAAUCUCACGGACAACAAACAGACCAACGUGAUCGGACUUAAGGAGUUCACCGAGAUCGAUGCCAGCGGAGGUCAGAUUAACGAUCAAGUUGUUCUCAAGCAUUUCCCUUACUCGGCGGAAAUCAUCAACCAUUACGAGAUCAAAAGUCGCGGUCCGAGUGUUAUUGAACAAUUGACGCUGUCCUUUUAUAUUCCUGUAGCCUAUAAGGCGGUUGACUCCACAGCAGUUGUACCCAUCAUUAACAAGAGCAGCCUGAACAUUCAGGCCACCUACGAUUCCCGACUGUGGCCCAUCAAACUUUUCGACCACAAAGGGUUCUCCAUGGAAAACUCCACCCAGAGUGAACAGGACUAUGACCCUGUCACGAUCCGACAUCGUAGAGAUCUCAAUGGAUUGACCUCCGACCAAGAACAAAUCGAUCUGCCGGUGAAUCGCACCAUUGUAUUCAACUGCCAGGAUACUAAUAUGACGAUCUGCCUUCGAGCCGAUUUGAGCGUCCAAUUUAGGCCGGAUAAACCUAUUUCCCUGAACAUAAGCUUCGACGUGGACCUUAGUGAAGUUAAAAGAGCCGAGGAGUACUUUGUCAUCCUAACCGAUCUGCAGCUGCUUAAAAAGGGCGAUCCCGCAUCCAGUACGUUUGUGAUUAACCGGAAGUUCAAACCAAAUGAGAUUUUCAAGCAUCUGGAGCCGGAGCUGCCUGUCUGGAAUAUAAGUUUAUCCCUAAUUGGUGGUCUGCUGCUCCUAUCGGUUAUAACCUAUGCUCUUUACAAGCUUGGAUUCUUUAAGCGCACCAAGAGGGACGAGCUGAACAGGUUAAUCCGACAGAGUUAUAGGCAGGAAGUACCCGCCGAGCUGGAUGCCGAUAGUCUCAGCAGCGAUAACUCUGGCCAAAAGAUCAGACCAUCAGAAUAAACUAAUUUCUAGUUCAUUAUGACAGUUAAAAAAAAUAACAGGAAAAAGAGAGUCACUAAUAAAUAUUUAU